UAUUCCUGACUGGCCUGCUGUGUAGAAUCCAGGCCACUGGCAGUAAGUGACAGCCCAGCUGAGGUUAUUCAGAAGUCUUAUCCCAGGGGCUCUGCUUGUUCGUGGGAGUCACCAUGUCCUGGUUCUUGGUCCUGAAGAGCCUCCUUGCCAUCUGCAUCAUCUCUCACUUCUCUGUCAGCUCUGUGGAGAGCUAUGCUUGUAUACAAGAAAAACCAUGCCUUAGUGAAGAAUGCGAUCCUAAUUCAAACACUUGUGAAUCCUCUCAAGGUUGUUUCUCCCAAUGGCUGGAAUUGAAAGCACUUCAAACAGUUGAGCAGAAAGGCUGUUCUGACGACAGUUGUACUGGACUGGCAUUCUCUGCAACACUGGGGAGGCAUUGGGUGUUCAGAUAUGACCGUCGCUGCUGCCACACUGAACACUGUAACAAAGAGCUCAUUAAGGUGCCUGCAUUAUCUUCAGAACCCAAUGGUGUUGAAUGUCCUGCCUGCUUCAGUGAACGUGGCAUAUGUAGACCAGUUUUACUCGAGUGCACGGGGGCAGAGACGAUGUGUGUUAAGGCUACUGGCAGAGACUUCAUUGAGAUACAAGCCAUGGGCUGUGCGACCAAGACUGCCUGCCACCUGAAGAACAUGACCAUCUGGAAUAAUUUUAAAAUUGAUACCUCCUGUGUCAAUGGGAGCCCUCUGCUCAGCUCUCAGCGACUGCUCCAACACCACGCCUGCCUGCCUGCUGCUAUGCUCCCUGCCGUGACGGUUAUGGAGUUAUCCUCUGGAACCGUGAGCCCCCAAUAAACUCUUUCUUUUAGAAAUUUCCUUGGUCAUGGGGUCUUCACAGUAAUAGAAAAGUAACUAAGACAUCAUCUAUGGAAAUGUAGUAGUAUAAAAAUCCCCCCUUUAAUAAGAAUAGCAAGGACCAGGACCUGCUAAAGUGGUCUCAUUUUAAUUUGAUCAUUUCUGUAAAGAUCUUGCCUUGGACUGGAGAGAUGGCUCAGAGGUUAAGAGCACUGACUGCUUUUCCAGAGGUCCUGAGUUCAAUUCCCAGCAACCACAUGGUGGCUCACAACCAUCUGUAAUGAGAUCUGAUGCCCUCUUCUGGUCUGUCUGAAGACAGCCACAGUGUACUCACAUACAUAAAAUUAAAAAACAAAAACAAAAACAAUUUUGUCAACUUGUCUUGUCAAACCAGGGUCACCUGGGAAGAGAGAACCUCAACAGAGAAAAAUGCCUCCAUCAGACUGGCUUGUAGAGAAAUUUGUGGAGCAUUUUCUUGAUUGAUGUUUGAUGUGGGGCCCAGCCCACUGUGGGCAGUACCAUCCCCAACCAAGUGGUCCUGGGUGGUGUAAGAAAGGAGGA